AUGAUCGAUGAACUAACCUUUAAAACUAUUGUAUUUUAUUUAAAGUCAUGUCAAAGAACUUUAAGUGAUAGAAGUAGGUAUAGAUUAAGUAUAUUAUUUGUGGUGUACGAUAUUACAAGUAAAAAGUGUUUUGAUAAUCUAUCAACAUGUUUUGAAUUGGCAAAAGGUAAUCUUGAUGGUAACAUUAUCGUUUUGGUUGGUACAAAGUCUGAUCUUUAUCAUAGACGUGCUGUACCAAAACAAAAAGUAAUCGAAUUUGCUCAAUCAAACGGUAUCUACAAUUAUUUCGAGUCCAAUCACAAUGACCCAAGAUCAGAUAUAUUUGGACAAAUCCUAUUUGACAAUUUCAACAAAUAUGAAAUCAUUAGACUUCAUUCAUCACAACGCGAUUCAAUUUCUCAAAUUUCACCCUUUAAAGGUUGUUAA